UCUGCAACGGUCGGAGAUUCGUCGCCAUAGGAUCAACAUUUCGAGGUGUACUCAAGUGCAUUGUCUUGAAGAAUGACGAAUAAAGACAGGCUAGAUUUCGAUGAUAUUUUGAGAGCGGUUGCCGGAAAAACAAAGCAAGAUACAGAAAUAGAUGAUCUCGGAAGGGCACUACAGAUUUCUCCGCAUGAUAUUGAAAGUGCAAAGGUGGCAAACAGACAUGGUGUAUCACAUAUGGGAUCAUUAAAUUUGCUGAGAGACUGGGCGAAAAGACAAAAAUCAUCCACAAUGAAACAGAAUUUAAAAGAUGCCUUGGAAAAGCUACAAUGGUUUGAAAUACUCGGCGAGUGUUAUCCCGAGGUUGGUGCUGAUACUGUGACAGUGCCUACCAAAAGAAACCCAUCGCGUACCUCUGGACUGCCAAUGGAUACGACAGAUGAUUCCAGCGAACAAUACGGUGCAGCAAGACAAAGUCACCCCUCACCAUCUCCUGUAGAUUCCAGCGGACAACAUGGUGCAGCAGGACCUAGUCAUCCCCCAACACCUCAUGAUAAAUGGCAGAACCGUACUGUGAGGCCAGCUAAGUCGGGACCUGACGAAUCGGAUCGUGAGAUGCAAUACGUUAUGUGGGAAUCUUCUGUGAAAGGAAACGCGCUCAUCAUAAGCAACGAAGACUUUCCACAACCAGGCGAUCCCAGACCUUGGGCAGAUAUGGAUAUCAUGAAUAUGACAGGGCUGUUGAAGAAAGUCGGUUACGGUUUUCGAAAUGAUCAAAAUAUCUAUAAAAACCUUACCAAAUCGGAAAUGAAAGACACUGUUAAAGAGUUCACCGAACAGCUAAAGAAGGACAAUCCCCAAUCAGCAGUGGUGUAUAUAUCUAGCCAUGGCAAUGAAAAGGGCGUUCAAGGAAAGGACGGAGGGAUACUCCAAAUUCGAGAUUUGCUGGAAAUGUUUUCAAGAGUGCUGCCUGGCAAACCAAAGGUUCUCAUCAUAGAUGCAUGCUGGGGAGAUGAUGAAACGAAUCGCUUACCAGUCUCUGCGUCCAGUUCUUCUUCAGCAGCAUCAACCACAACUUUCUUACCGGAGAACGCUGAUAUCUUUAUGAUACACUCCACUUCAUACGGUAUUUACUACUGUUUUGGAUGGGCCAUUUAG